CAUCACAAUUUGUCCUCGCAGACGCUCCUGCUGCUGCUGCUGCCUUACUGGCUAAGAAAGAUUAAAUCUUUUUUUCAGACAUCUUUCGCCUCCGCUCUUGCGUGCCCUGCUCAACUAUAUAUAUGUCACCUCGCCACCUCGCAACCCAAACCAAUGCCAUUUUUGCAAUCCAUGCACCCGAUCGAUGCAACAUCUCUCGACGCACAUGCAUCUUGAUUUGAUCGCGAGAUAUCCUGGGUGUUCUAGCUCGAUCUUUGCAUCAAUCUUGGGAGAGGAUCGAGAUUGGUGGUGUUCAUUGCUGGUUUUGGUUGUGAUUUGAUCGGUGGUGAAUAAUAAUGGAGGUGAACUCGGCGCCGGAGACGGCGAGGAGGAUGUGGGGGUACCUGCGGGCGGUGUUCUUCAUGGUGAGGAAGGGGUUGCUCUCCUCCAAGCGGAGGCUGCUGCUCAGCAUGCAGCUCGUCGUGAGGAUCAAGAGGAGGAACAGGGCGGUCGCGCGCUCCGUCGCCAACCUGCUGUCGCAUCACCACGGCGGCGGCGCGGGGCGGCGGCGGGAGUACGAGUUCUCGUGCAGCAACAGCCCGGUGAUGGCGGGUGGCGCUUUCUCCUACGGCGGUGGCGGCGGUAGUCUCUCGAGGCGGCGGCUCGCGUACUUCCCGUGCCUCGGCGCGGACCAGGACGUCGAGGAGCCGCAGCUCUAUGGCGGCGCGACGGAGGCGGCGCUGCAGAGGAUCGAGUACUACGCCGCCGCCGCCGCCGCCGCCUCCCCGGCGCCGUCGUCGCCGGGGCUCCUGCUUCAGGAGGCGCUCGCCCCGGGGGACGAGUGCACGCCGGCGCGCUCGCCGCUGCUGGGCACCACGGGCGGCUACUCCGUGCGGGUGUCCAACUACUCCUCGGAGGAGGAUGAGGACGACGGCUACUACAGCCACGCCGGCGGCGGCGGGGCCGUGGACGACGAGGCCGAGGAGUUCAUCAGGCGCUUCUACGAGCAGCUGCGCCGCCAGAACCACGUCGCCCUCCUCCCCUACGUGACGGAAACCGCCGCGUGAUCGAUCGCUCAACUCCGUCGCGCGCGCGGCGAGCGCGCGUGCCCAGAGCCCGAACGCCGGCGAGGCCGCCGCCGCGACAUGGUGGCCAUGGCCAUCACCUCGCCGCCGCCAUGGCGCCAUCUGCAGGCGUGCUCAUGCAUGCAUGUGCAUACGGCCGUAUAUACGAAGCUUGAAUUGCAUGGUGCGUACGUAUAUACGUAUGCGAAGAUCUGAUCGAAAGAGUCCCCAUGGUUUUGGAUGCAGCUGGGACCGUUGUAAAUUUUACCUCCAUAUAUAUUUUCUUGUGCAAAUCUUGUUGUGAUUUGAGUGUUUUCUCUUUUUUUUGAAAGUAAUGUGAGUGUGUUCUUAAGUUUCCAAGUAAGAAUAUACCUCCAUGUAAUAUAUAUGUAUAGCCUUUUGUCUUAUAAUGUAAUGUGAUGUAAUGUAAGCUAUUUCAGUUUUAUCAUAACUAAAACUCAUUUUAAU